AUGCUCAGCGCCGCUCUUCGGAGGCGUAUCCUCGCGCCUACUCACCAAGCCCUGCGAACUGGCUUCACCGCGCACGUAGUCCGCUACUAUGCGUCCUUCCCCAGCCACCAGGUGAUCAAGAUGCCCGCAUUGUCGCCCACAAUGCAGGCUGGCAACAUUGGUGCCUGGCAGAAGAAGCCCGGCGAUACCAUCGCCCCCGGUGAGGUUUUGGUUGAGCUCGAGACGGACAAGGCCCAGAUGGACUUUGAAUUCCAGGAGGAGGGUGUUAUUGCCAAGAUCCUCAAGGAGGCUGGCGAGAAGGACGUCGCUGUCGGCACCCCCAUCGCUGUCCUGGUUGAGGAGGGCACCGACAUCGCCGCUUUCGAAAAGUUCUCUCUGGAAGAUGCCGGCGGCAGCGCCCCUGCCCCCGAGGCCAAGAAGGACUCUGAGCCUGCUCCCCAAUCAACCCCCGCCUCUACCCCUCAGUCCACCUCUGCUCCUGAGCAGUACGCUUCCGAGGGCAGACUCCAGACCUCUCUCGACCGUGAACCCAAUGCUGUCCCCGCUGCCGUCCGACUUGCCCGUUCUUCGGGUAUCAGCCUGGACGGCGUCAAGGGCUCUGGCAAGGGAGGCAAGAUCACCGAGGAGGACGUCAAGAAGCUCGUCGCCAGCCCCGCCGUUGCCGCUCCCGGCGCCACCUUUGAGGACACUCCCAUCAGCGGCAUGCGAAAGACCAUUGCCAACCGACUGCUCGAGUCCACCCAGACCAACCCUCACUUCUACGUCAGCAGCUCCAUCUCCGUGUCCAAGCUGCUGAAGCUGCGACAGGCCCUGAACGCCUCCGGCGAGGGCAAGUACAAGCUGUCCGUCAACGACUUCCUCAUCAAGGCCAUUGGUAUCGCUUCCAAGAAGGUCCCCGCCGCCAAUGCCAGCUGGCGCGGUGACGUUAUUCGUCAAUUCUCCACCGUCGACGUCUCUGUCGCCGUCUCCACCCCCACUGGCCUCAUCACCCCCAUUGUUACCGGUGUCGAGGCCCGUGGCCUGGAGUCCAUCUCCGCCAAGGUCAAGGAGCUCGCCAAGAAGGCGCGCGAUGGUAAGCUCAAGCCCGAGGAGUACCAGGGCGGCACCAUCUCCAUCUCCAACAUGGGCAUGAACGAUGCUGUCGAGCACUUCACUGCCGUCAUCAACCCUCCUCAGGCCGCUAUCCUGGCUGUUGGCACCACCCGAAAGGUUGCCGUGCCCGCCAAGGACGAGGACGGUGAGACCGUUGUCGAGUGGGAUGACCAGAUCACCGUUACUGGCAGCUUCGACCACAAGGUCGUUGACGGUGCCACUGGUGCCGAUUGGAUGCGUGAGCUCAAGAAGGUUCUCGAGAACCCCCUGGAACUCCUUCUGUAA